AUAGCCGGUGGUUUAUCGUUUUGACAUGUGAUUGCAGUGGCCGCAGUUGGGGUGUUGCUGUUAUUGACAAAUUUUGAGGUUAGAUUCCGCUGCGUCCAGGAUGAGCAGUCCCGGGUUCGUCGAUUCCGCCUGGAAUUCGGCCGAAGACGUCCUCGACGAUAUCCUGAAACACGCCGAAUACUGCGCAGAUUGGCCCGACUAUAAAAGUGCCCCAAUGCCGGCAAGUCUUGUGUCGUAUUACGAUGGUGCAAACGCGGGUUCGAGUUCGAGUUCAGGGGCAGCUACGUACCAGAAGGAAAAAGAUUGUAGUGAAUCCGAAAAAUGUGAUAAAGGUAAAGAGUGGUUUUCAGAAAAUGGAGGGAAUGGCUCGGGGGGGACUUCUGGUGAUGCGUUCAAUCGAGCUCAAAGGCCAAUGCCGGAGGGUAAAGAAACUAGAAAAAGAAGACACUUUCAGAAGCCGAAAAAAACGAAAGUGGUAGUUAUGCAUGGAUAAAGUAUCACUUGUUCUAUUUAUUUAAUAACAUCUUUGGAUUAGUCAAUGUCAAUGGUUCUCAGUAGUCAAAUAUUCAGUACAGUGUUGACUGUACUUGAGCUUCGUAAUCGCAGUAUUAUGUCUAAUCAAUGUCUAAUUUUGUGUGACCUGAUUACAGAGAAUUUUAGAUGUGUGUUAAGAUUGUAGAUCUCGUCUUAUUCAUCCCCGACAAGAAUUCAAUGACGUCACCUAUUGUGGCUUUCGUUUAUAUAAUGUUUUUCACUCUAUGAAUCAAAUUUGUAGAGUGAAUUAACAAUUUGUUUCAGAAUCUGUAUAAUGAAGUUACAGUUUUGAGAAGACAACAUUUAUUUAUCUAGUCAUAUCUUUUCUAGUAUAUUUUUUUACAAUAAGUGUUAAAAGUUUUUUAUUUACUAUAUUCAUGUAUACGGAAUGUGAAACUUUAUAGAAUGUAGUGUGUAGGUGAAUAAGCUAUUACUGAUAGGUAUUCAUGUGAAAACAUAUAUGCAUGUACCUGUUUAACCUUUAAAUCAACAAAUAAAGUAUAAUCUAUU